AUGCAGACAAGGAUGGACACCCGUUUCGAGAGGAUGGAACACCGUUUGGAGAUGAUGGAGAAGAGCCUUGACGAGGUAUGUACAAAAUUUUCUACUAUCGAGACUAUGUUAGCUGCCAUCAUGAAGGAGAAGGAGAAAUCAUCCGAUUCUAGGACCUUCCACGAGACGGACACAUCCCAGACCACGAACCAUACCACUACGUUGUCUGGGACACCAAAAAUUGACCUCCCCUCAUUUGAUGGAUCUAACCCACCUGCUUGGAUAGCCAGGGCUGAGCAAUUUUUUUUGGUUCACCACACUCCAGUAGCGGAAAAGGUUCCAAUUGCGCUCGUCGCCAUGUCUGGGGAUGCAUUGUAUUGGGUUCAAGGUUUAAUGCGCCGUUUUCCUACUAUCGCUUGGCCCCAGUUCAUUGAAGAACUAUUGUUUCGCUUCAGUACUCUGACAACUGUGAAUGCAUAUGAGGCUUUGAAGGUCACGCGGCAAACCGGCUCUGUCGAUGAGUAUAUCACUGAAUUUGAAGCUUAUGUUGCUCAGGUAACUGAUCUAUCUGACCCUCAUUAUUUGGGUCAGUUUUUGGGUGGUUUACGCGAGGAUAUCCGAAUCCGUAUACGUGAUGACCCUUCCAUGAAUGUGUAUGCUGCAAUUCGAUUGGCUCGUCAAGUGGAACGUGAAUUGAAUUUCACAAACUUUCCAUCGGGUAAGGGACAACCUCGUUCAUCAUACUCUCCCUUCUCAAGUUCUAGCCGCCCAUUACAGGCUCCACGGUUCUCGUCACCUCUCCAGCAUAGCUCACAAAUUCAACACCCUCAAGCUCGCUCGACUCCCACCCUGAGUUCUGGAGCCAGCCAAAAGGGGUCAACCUCAAAUACAGGAUCCACUAUCACAUCUCAAAAGUUCUUUAGAGUGCGUCAACUCACACUUUCCGAGUACCAGUCCCAUCAGAAACAAGGUCUAUGUUAUCGGUGCAGCCAACCCUAUGGCCCGACACACGUUUGCCCAGCUCGUUCCCUAAACGUGAUGCUCGCGGGUGAGGAGAUGGACGUUUCACAACCUUCAGAGUCGGAGAUACCCAUUGUCUCUGAAAUGGUCGAAGAGGUCCCAGACCCUCUGACAACUGAACCCCCACUUCUCCAAACCUUACAACUUUCACACCUUGCAGCCAAGGGUUUUGAUGGUCCCCAUACGAUGAAGUUGAUAAGCAGACUUGAGAAUUUGAAGCUCCUGACUAUGGUGGAUAGUGGCGCGAGUCAUUGUUUUAUUUCGGAAAGGGUUGUGGAUAAAUUGGGAUUACAUGUGGAGCCUUCACCGACGUAUUCUGUGAUGCUCGGCAAUGGUCAACGCAUUUCUUCACAGGGAUUGUGCCGCGCCGUUUCUCUUUAUUUGCAGACUGCUACAUUUAUGGUUGAUUGCUUUGUUUUUCCGUUGGGAGGGGUGGAUAUAAUAUUAGGUGUCUCUUGGCUGGCUUCGUUAGGAGAUGUGAAAGCAAAUUGGAAAAAUUUGACAAUGGAAAUAGUUAAAGAUGGUCGUACGAUUCUUUUGAGAGGGGAUCCCUCGUUCACCCGCCAAGCUGUUUCUGUGGCUACAGUAAUUCGCGAAUUUUCUGACGGUGAGCAAACAUGGCUUUUAUGGUCGAUGGAUCAUUCGGAAUCUCCACCACAUUGUCCUGUGUCAAUCGAGCCUCAUUCACCAACUCGAGAUGCACUCUCGCCCCUUUUAGCAGAAUUUUCGGAGAUCUUAACACCAUUUUCUGGACUACCUCCUAAGCGACACAUUGACCAUCGUAUUAACUUACAACCUGAGGAUCUUCGGGACAGGGAUGAGGUCUUGCGCCAUUUGCGUUUCCACCUGGAACGUGCUCAACAACGCAUGAUUCGGGAAGCGAAUAAACACCUUAGAGACGUGGAGUUUGCAGUAGGGGAUAAAGUGUUUGUCAAAUUUCGUCCUUUUCGACAGCGAACACUUUUCCGCAGCAUGAACACUAAGUUAGCACCUCGAUUUUUUGGGCCAUUUGAGGUAGAGGCUCGUAUUGGAGCAGUUUUUUAUCGAUUGAAAUUGCCUGGUACCGCAAGGGUGCAUCCAGUCUUUCAUGUUUCGCUGUUAAAAGCUUCAAUGGGAGUGAAUUCCAUUGAGCCUACAUUCCCUGAUGAAUUAUUGGGAGAUGACCCAUUAUUUAUUCCGGAGAAAGUGCUGGCGCGGUGA